GCUGUUCAGUCUGACCUUGAAGAAACUCAUCAUGCUGAAAGAGAUGGAUAAGGAUCUCAGCUCCGUGGUGAUCGCUGUCAAGCUGCAGGGUUCAAAGCGGAUCUUGAGGUCCAACGAGAUCCUUCUGCCCAUCAGCGGACUCGUCGAAACGGAACUUCAGUUGACUUUCUCCUUACAGGUGAUGCAGCAUCCGAGCGAGGGGGCCCUGGUCCUGGGACUGCACAGCAACGUCAAAGACGUCUCCGUUCCAGUGGCCGAAAUCAAAAUCUACUCCCUGUCCAGCCAGCCCAUUGACCACGAAGGACUCAAGUCGAAGUUAUCAGAUCGCUCCCCGGACAUCGAUAACUACUCGGAGGAAGAGGAGGAGAGCUUUUCGUCCGAACAAGAAGGAAGCGAUGACCCAUUGCAUGGACAGGAUUUGUUCUACGAAGACGACGAUCUUAGGAAGGUGAAGAAGCCCAGAAGAAAACUGACCUCAACUUCUGCAAUUACUCGGACAUAUAGCCUUCCAGACCGAACAAGUAAAAUAAAUAUAAAAGGGCUCGUAGAAAACCAUAAACAGCUGGGAACCUCCCAAAGGCGCCCAGUGCCUUUCUUUGAAGGAAUGUCCCAGUCAAGCUCCCAGACGGAAAUCGGAAGCCUGAACAGUAAAGGAAGUCUUGGCAAAGACGCCAGCAGCCCGAUCGAAGCUUCUUCCGGAGACAAACUCAAACCGAAUCGGACCAAAACCGAUGACAGCGUGAACGAAACAGACAUGCAGGAGGGGAACGAGCAGGACGCUUACGGGGACCUAUCCACCACCUUACUUAUUCCAGAGAAAGUCAAGACGCCGAUGAAAACCAGCAAGGGGGACCUUCAAAGCAUAGCCUCGCCUAGCAAAAUGGACAGCACCGUGCACACCCCUCGUCAGAAACGCAGCACCCCGCUCAAGGAACGUCAGCUUUCCAAGCCACUGAGCGAAAGGACCAACAGUUCCGACAGUGAAAGGUCCCCAGACUUAGGUCACAGUACGCAGAUUCCCCGAAAGGUGGUUUACGACCAGUUGAAUCAGAUCCUCAUAUCGGAUGCCGCGCUGCCCGAAAACGUGAUCCUGGUGAAUGCCGUGGACUGGCAAGGCCAGUACGUCGCCGAUCUCCUGCAGGAUCAGAAGAAGCCCGUGGUUUGUACCUGCUCCACGGUGGAAGUGCAAGCCGUCCUCUCUGCGCUGCUCACCAGAAUCCAGAGAUAUUGCAAUUGUAAUUCCUCCAUGCCCCGUCCGGUGAAGGUGGUGUCGGUCGGGGGCCAAAGCUAUCUCAGCGCCAUUUUGAGGUUUUUCGUGAAGCAGCUGGCAAACAAGACGUCGGAUUGGCUGAACCACAUGAGGUUCCUCAUCAUCCCUCUAGGAUCUCACCCGGUCGCUAAAUACAUGGGCUCCGUGGACAGCAGAUACAGCAAUAUGUUUUUAGACACCUCUUGGCGUGAUCUCUUCAGCAAGCCUGAACCACCUGCAGUAGACCCCCUGGAUGUGGUGGGCCGGAUCACCCAGUACGUGAACGGAGCCAACGUCACUCACCAGCUGCCUGUGGCGGAGGCCAUGUUGACCUGCAAACACAAAUUCCAAGAUGAAGACUCCUAUCAGAAGUUCAUCCCUUUCAUUGGGGUGGUUAAGGUGGGUCUCAUUGAAGAUUCCCCCGCAGCAGCAGGCGAGGGAGACGAUUCGCCCGUCAUCAGCCUCACCGUCCCCUCCACCUCUCCGCCUUCAACCUCGGGCCUAGCCAAGGACGUCUCUGCCACCCCCCCGUCCUCCCCCUCAAUGACCAGCGGCUUGGCUGUGGUGGGGUAA